CGGCACGCUUCUUCGACGGGGUGCUGGAGCGAUGACGAGCGCGGGUCAGCCAUAUCAGACGAUUGCGACGGCGUCGCCGUGUUGCAACGUCGAUUUAAGCUUUAAAGAUCCACUCUAGGGAUUGUCCAUCUUUCGAGAUUCAUCCUCGUCUCAGCAGAAUCGUUAUUGAAUCUACUUGGAGCUUGCUACACUUACUUCAGCCAACGCAAACGUUCAAAUUCCGCUUCAUCUCGUCCCAGAGACAACGCUCGCGUCAACCUCAGCCCACCAUGGCGGACAAACCGACGUCCAACCUCAACGUCCACGCCCCACCACCGUCUACGACUCCCGCUUCCGUUUCCAACGCACCCUUCACACCCCGUUCAAGCACAUUCCCAGACGAUUUGGACUCCGACUCGGAAGAUGUCUUCGAGCCCACACCCGUCCACAGUCCCAGCGGACCACAUUACGAUGAUCUGCCGCCAUCUUACGACGAAGCGCAGCAGCAGGCGCUUCACGAUGCGCGAAAUGGCGUUCCGCCGCUGAACCCGGAGAAUCUAGAGAUGCACCGGCUUGCAUUGAACGAAGGAUACAGUGUCCCGCAAGGCGCAGAAGUGCAUGCCCAUCGCGCGACUGCAGCUGAGAUAGAGCAAGAGAAUAGGAGAAAUGCAAGUGGGUUGGGCAUGAAUGUGCCCGUUCAGCAGCUUGGUGCUAGUGAGCAGAUUCCUGUUGGGGUGGUGCGGAGUGGGAAUACGACUUCUACAUUGCCUCUGGAUCCAACAUCGGUGCUGCUGAGCACUGCGCUCGAAUUUACGAAGCACGAGCCUGAUGCAGAUUCACGGUAUGCACCGCGGUUGACGCGUUGCGUUGCUAUUCCGCAGGUCAGCGUUCCGUCGUCUGAGAGAGCGGCGCGGCGUGGUCGUGAGUGCGGGAGGAGAGGGGUAAGGAGGACGGGCCGGGGAGGAGGGAGACGGGGCGACCGACAGAUGUCGAUGCCGGGGCAAUGGCCUGAAUCGAGUUCCGUGGAGACACUGCCGACCGAGACAGAGGAGCCGGUGCAGUUCUUCAGAGCGUACGCGAAGGCGUUGCAUGCGCAUUCGAUCCGGCCCGCCGAGUUCCUCGACUUUCUAGAUGGACUGAAUGCGCUGUGUGCGGCCAUGGGUACUACGCCUGCGGAUCUUGUUAAUGCUGAGGAGAAUGGGAAUCCGGACGUGGAUGUGGUGCGAAACUACAUCAAUGCUACGAAUGAGGCUUUCUUCGCGCCAAGGGGCUUGAGGGUAUCACUACGGUCGCUUUCUACUCUUAUGGAUGCGAUCAAGAUACCGGAAGAGAGGGGCCAACGAGCUGGUGCUGUCGUAAGCGUAUUGGAUAACAAGAGCACGCCGGAUAGGAGAGCACAAGCGCUACAUCCCUGGAUCGAGGCGCUGGAGACGAAUGUCCCUGCGCCGAGCAUCGCAGCGCUUGUGUUGAAGGAUAUGGCGCAGCGUUUUGGUGGGCCGCCGCAAAUGCAGGGGCAAACGACUGCUAAUGAGGGGCCGAAUCCAGCGGAAGCGGAGAAGCGUGCAGCAGAGGCACAAGACUCCGAUCCUCCACAUUCGCUUCCUCCCGAGCCUCAGCCAGCUCAGGCUGGCCCUGGAUGGCCUCCGCUCGGUGGCUGGCGCGGACACGGUUCGUGGAACAGAGGACGCCAGCACGGCCGUGGAUGGGGUCCCUUUGGUCCUCCCGGCUGGGGACCAUUCGGCCCUCCAGGUUUCGGCCCGCAUGGCCCACCUGGUUUCGGACCUCAUGGUCCGCCAGGAUUCGGUCCUCACGGCCCGCCUGGUCACGGACCCUGGGGUGGUCCCGGACGCGGCCCGUGGGGUGCUCAUCGCGGAGGUUGGGGUGGCCACGGAUGCGGAGUAGGUGCAGGUGUAGGCGCAGGUGCGGGCGCAGGUGCCCGUGGACCGGGCGGCGAGCAGCCUCAAAACCCAUGGGAAGAAUGGGGUAAGAGCAUUGGCAAGUGGGGCGAAGAGUUCGGGAAAAAGAUGGAAGUCUGGGGUGAGCAGUUUGGCAAGAGAGCAGAGGCUUGGGGCGACGGGGUUGCGUCGAGGGGAAGUGGGAGUGGCCCUCCAGGUGAGCAGGCUGGCGCUGCUGGACCGAACAGCGUCGAAUUGCAUGGCCUCCAAGCGGAGAGUUCGGCGAACGGACUUGCGGGCCAGGAAACGGGAGUUCUCCGCGACAACGGGGCGGAAGAGGCGAAAAGCAAGAAUGAACGGAAGGCAAAGGAGAAGGCGGGUAAGAAGGCUUCGAAAGACGAUGACGAUGAUGAUGAUGCAUCGUCUAUUUCGUCCGACAGCUCUUCUAACUCCGAUUCCGACUCUGACUCGGAGGACGAGGAGAAGUAUCCCGACACCGAUGCCAUCUUCCUCCAACGAGUGCGCGAAAUCAAUACCGCGGCUGAAUCCUCGCUCUCUAAGGGCAAGAAAACAUCCCAAGAGAUAGAACGCGAGCGCUCCCUGGCUAUCGAAAAGGCAUGCCGCGACAAAGACGCCCUAGAAGUCAAAGUUAAGGAGAAGAGGAUGAAGAGAGCUGUGUGGAGGGAGUUCAGAGACAAAAAGCGGGCGGCUAAGAAGGAGCAUAGGGAGAAGAAGAGGGCGAUGAGGAGAACUGGCGUGGGGAAGAAGAGUAAGGAGUGGAAAGAGUUGAAGAAGGGGUAUCGUGAGAGGAAGAGGGAGGGGCAGGGGAAAGGAAUGGUUUGGGUUGUGGUGGAAAAUCUGGAUUGAUGGGGUUGAAUGGGUUUGAGAGGGCCUGGUUGCCCCCUGGGGGUGAGUAGAGCAAUGCACUUCCUGCGCAUCCCGACGU